AAAAAAAUAAUCGAUCAACCAAAAAGUGCUCUCUCUCUCAGUCUCUCUCUCCUACACACCUGCUGCAUAACAUGCCAAAGGAAAUUCACAUGCACUUGUUUUAUAUGCAUAGAGGAAAAAGGUGCUGCAACUCCUUAGCUUAAGAGAGGUAGUAGAUGCUACUCCAACACAACUGGCAUUCAUUAUCCACACACACACACACACAUGAGAAAACACUGAUCUUCAUAACAAUGUAGCCAGAUUUGCAUAGGCUCCUAAUUUAGCUGUAUAAAAGAGCUCAACAAAUCUCAUCGAUCAACACUUGACUCACUGCUGCAAUGGCCUCAAAAUUAGUCUUUGUAUUUUGUUUGUUUUCAAGUCUGUCAUUCUUCCUGCAACUUGAAGCAGCAAAAUCUCACUCCAAUCUUAAUCCUCAAAUCACUGUGAUGGGUAUGGUUUACUGCGACAUCUGCUCCAACAACUCCUUCUCCAGACAUAGCUACUUCUUACCAGGAGUUGAAGUUAGAAUAGAUUGCAUGUUCAAGGCAAUUUCUCCUAGAACUGCUGAGCAAAUAUCAUUUUCAGUGAACAGAACAACAAAUAAGUAUGGCAUUUACAAGCUGGAGGUUCCUUCUGUUGAUGGAGUUGAAUGUGCUAGGGAUAAAGCUGUCGGAAGCACUUGUCGAGCAACCCUACUCUCCACGUCGUCUCCGGCCUGCGCCGUCCCCAGUUUCCGGUCCACUUCCGACCAGAUUUCCAUCAAAUCAAAACGAGCCAAUAUGUGCAUUUACAGCCUCAAUGCAUUAAGUUAUAGGCCAUCCAAGAGAGACAUUGCUCUUUGUGGGAAAUGAAUCAAUAAAUUGUUGUGUCUCUCUCAUGCACCACUAUGACAUAUCUACUUGAACAUUAUAUAUGUGAUAAAAGGAUGAUUUAGAAUUUCUUGAAGCUUUUGCUGCAAUCUAUAUGUAGUGUUUGGCUUGUUUGAUUAGUCAGUUGUGUGUACGUCGUUAAGAAUAUGAUAUGUGUAUAGAUUUCAAGUAAAAUGUACAUCGGUUUAAGGUUUUC